UUCACAUGCACUAGUUAACCACUCCUAACUACUACUGGUACUCCACUUUGCAGCUCUGUCUUUUGCAUCACAAAACCACAGCAGCGGCCUUCUUCAGGAACGACAAGGAAAAAAAAAAUCACAGAAGGAAGAGCUGCUUUCUUGGAUAAGAGCAGCGUCCCGGCACUCCUGAAUCAUGGGAAAUUGCAUCGAGACAUGCAAACACGGCUCAAAAGAGGCAAAGAGUGAAUUACAAUUAGAGCAAUUAGAAAGCGUGGAGAAACCAUCAGAAAUGCUCAAGGAAAGCAUAAUUGAGAAAGAUCAAAACAGUGGCGCCAUGAGAAUCAAGAUAGUGUUGACGAAAGAGGAGCUAGAGUUGCUAGUAUUCCAGCUCAAGAAUAUGGAAGGGAAGAGAUUAGAGGAUGUUUUGGAUGAGAUUGAGAGAAGCAGAAGCAGACCAGUUGGAUCAUGGAAACCUUCUUUAGAGAGCAUUACUGAAAGCCCUGAAGUUCCUGAGCAAAUGGACAGAUGAGCGUUUGUAUGUAGGGUGCAAUGGCCUCCCUUCUAUCUUUUGUGCUUGAUUUUUUUUUUUUUUUUAAAUUAGGAUCUUCUUUUUCUUUUAUAUUUUCAUUUUACUCUUCUUCUUCUUC